GCUGGCCAUUUUUGCUCCCUAAAAAUAUGUCUGAAUGAUAGCCGGUGCUCAAUAGUCCAUCUGCGCACCUCUUCAACCGUCCCUCUCCAUCUUCCAGAGAGAUCCCCAUCUGCAAUCGCCCUAAUAACAGAUAUAGCAUCCGAUUCAACUUCGAAAUCCUCAAAUCCAUGUUCAAUAGCCCACUCCACCGCAACAUAUAGUGCAUAUAUUUCAGCUUCAUCACUUCAUCUAGCUGUAAUCGGAAAUGACAGAGCCCAUACAAAGUUCCCUGCUUUUGAACGCAUUACUGCUCCACCUUUAGCUACACCAUGAUUAAACGAGGCGUCAACAUUAAGUUUAAAGCUCAAGGCAGGAAGGCUUUUUCAUUCUCCAGGACCAGGUUCUUUUGGAAAAGAUUCUCGAAACCGGAACCCUGAAGUUCUUUCUUGAUGCGGGUGUCAAUAUCAAUUCCAUAUAUACCGUGUCCUUCCCUCGGGUGUUUAUAUAUAUAAAGAACUGUUUGCUCUGUUCUGUAUCACAUUGGAUCAAUCACAUUCUUGAUGGGGAUUGAACUUAUGAGACAUCACAUAAAGGAAGAGGCUACAAAGAUAUCCACACUCCCCCCUGGCUUUGAAUCACUUGCAUCCAUGACCCUAAAAAAGGAGAACGAUAAUACAAAUAAAACAAUGUGCUCAUCCCCUACAAGUAACUUGCAAUUUCAGAGACCCAAGGUGGAAACAGAAUAUGAACGUACUGAAGGCGCAAAUGUAAAGUGUCUAAGACGGCGGUCAGGGAUAAAGUAUGACCGGUUUGAUAACAGUUCAGAAGAUGAAUCUGAUUCCGAGCAGAGCAUCCCUGUAAGGCCACAUCUACCUAAAGGGGUUCUCCAUGAGUGUGGAGAUGAUAGGAAUUGUCUAAAGGUUUCUGCACAAUGGCGCCCAGAAGGAGCUUGCAGGGUUGAUCUUCCAGAAGCGCCCGUGUUCUAUCCAACUGAAGAGGAAUUUGAAGAUACUCUAGCAUAUAUAGACGGAAUACGACCCAGAGCAGAAGCAUAUGGAAUUUGCCGUAUUGUACCUCCUGCUUCAUGGAAACCUCCAUGUUCUCUCAAGGAGAAGGGCAUAUGGGAAAACUCUAAAUUUAGCACUCGUAUACAAAGGAUUGACAAACUUCAAAAUCGGGAUUCAAUGUCAAAAAAAGCAAAAGUCAUUCACAGUAAGAAAAGGAAAAGACGGAGAUGCAAUAAAUCUAAUAUCAAGACUCACGAUGAUACCACUAAUGAUGAGUCUGAGAGGUUUGGGUUUGAAUCUGGUCCAGAGUUUACUCUAGAUUCAUUUCAGAAAUAUGCUGAUGAUUUCAUUGCCCAAUAUUUUGGGAAGUAUGAAGGGCAAUGGAAGCCUCCAGUGGAGACUAUUGAGGGUGAAUAUUGGCGUAUGGUCUUGAAACCCACUGAAGAAGUUGAGGUGCUUUAUGGGGCUGAUUUGGAAACUGGAACUUUUGGCAGUGGGUUUCCUAAACAACCUCAUCAAAUAAGAUGUGCUGCUGAUAUGAAAUACAUAAACUCAGGAUGGAACUUGAACAACUUUCCAAAACUUCCUGGUUCUGUUCUUUCAUAUGAAAGCAGUGAUAUAUCUGGUGUUCUUGUGCCUUGGCUUUAUGUAGGAAUGUGUUUUUCUUCUUUCUGUUGGCAUGUUGAAGACCACCAUCUGUACUCUUUGAAUUAUAUGCAUUUGGGAGCUCCAAAAAUGUGGUAUGGUGUUCCUGGGGCAGAUGCUUUAAACCUUGAAGCAACUAUGAAGAAGCACUUGCCAAACCUCUUCGACGAGCAGCCAGACCUGCUUCAUAAGCUUGUCACACAACUCUCCCCUUCCAUACUAAAGUCCGAAGGAGUUCCUGUUUAUCGAUGCGUUCAGAACUCUGGGGAAUUUGUUCUCACCUUCCCUAGAGCAUAUCAUGCUGGUUUCAACUGUGGAUUCAAUUGUGCUGAAGCAGUAAAUGUAGCUCCAAUGGACUGGUUACCCCAUGGACAUAAUGCUAUAGAGCUCUAUUCUGGUCAAAGACGUAGGACAUCCAUUUCACACGAUAAACUGUUGUUUGGAGCAGCAAGAGAUGCAGUCAAAGCACAAUGGGAACUUAGUUUGCUUAGGAAGAAAAAUUCAGUUAAUUUGAGAUGGAAGAAUGUUUGCGGAAAGGAUGGGGUUCUGUCUCAAGCUUUAAAGACUCGUGUUGAUACAGAAAGGGUGAGGAGGGAAUUUACUUGCACAUCCUCAGAAACACUGAAGAUGGAAAGCAGUUUUGAUGCUACAUGUGAGAGGGAAUGCAACAUAUGCUUCUUCGAUUUGCAUCUUUCUGCAGCAGGUUGCCACAAGUGUUCACCAACAAAAUAUGCAUGCUUGAACCACGCAAAACAGUUGUGUUCAUGUCCUGAGGCUUCCAGAUUCUUCCUCUUCCGUUACAGUAUUGCUGAGUUAAAUCUAUUGGUUGAAGCUUUGGGAGGGAAGUUAAGUUCCAUAUAUCGAUGGGCAAGGCAAGAUCUCGGGCUGUCUAUGAGUUCAUAUAUAAGCAAUAAAGAGUUAACCGGACCAGUUAAUCAUACUGAAGUUAAUCACAUUCCCGAAAAGUUUCUGCCUAAUAAAAGCUUUGGUACUGAAGUUAAAUCUGGAGUAAAUGCUUCAAAUUCCCAGGAUGAUGUCAUAGUCCUUAGUGAUGAUGAUGUAGAUGAGACUGAGACAACUGUUGUUGGGAAUUCUCAAGGAGAAACUAGUUGUGCUCUAGAAUGUUCUCAGGGCUCUCAUAAUGCCGAGAAGCUGGAUGUAGAUGCAAAGUCAAAGUCCACAGCUGGAACACAAAAUGACUUGGACAGAUGUUUCAGACCAAAGGGUCUGCGUAUUGCUAAAGUUGUGAGAAGGAUCAAUUGCAAUGUUGAAGUUCUUAAUUAUGGAGUUAUCCAGCCUGGAAUGUUAUGGUGUGAUGCUCGGGCUAUUUAUCCAAGGGGAUUCAGGAGUCGUACCCGAUAUAUAGACAUUUUAGAUCCAACAAACACGUGCUACUAUGUCUCUGAAAUUCUUGAUGGAGGACAUCAUGGACCCGUGUUUAUGGUUUCUUUGGAGCAUUGUACAAGUGAAGUAUUUAUCCAUUUUUCAGCAAACAAAUGCUGGGCAAUGGUUCAGGAAAGACUUAAUAAAGAGAUUACUACUCAGCGCAUGAUGGGAAAGACAAACCUCCCUCACCUCCAACCUCCUGGGAGUCUUGAUGGCUUAGAAAUGUUUGGUCUUUCUUCCCCGGCAAUCGUACAGGAAAUUCAAGCCAUGGACCAAGAUAGGGCUUCUUUGGAGUAUUGGAAAUCACGGCCACAUGUGCCCAAUCAAGAAGGCUCUGUCUCUGGAGAUGACCCAAAACCAAAGACAAAAUUUGAGGGUGUUAAACCAACACUUGGUGGUCUGUUUAAGAAGGCUAACAAUGAAGAACUCGAGGCAUUUUACAGUUUACUACGAAACAAACCGUCCCCAACUGAUCAAUUCUUAGUGGCAGGGCUUCUAAAUGAUGAGAUUCAUAGGCGAAGAAUAUGAAUAAUGAUUGAUUUUUUAAACAUGGAUAUAGGUUAUUUUAAGAGGACUUUUGGCAUAAAAGUCGGAGCCCCAAUUUUGGUCACACAAAUGAUUUGCAGCGUAAGCCCAGCAAACUGUGAAAAUUUUUGCGCUGAAGAUCUUCCUUUACUGUACAGUACUAAGAUAGUGCACAAUGAAAAUGUUAGACCACUGAACUGGUUUGAUCAACUAAAACUUGUAAAGACAUCAAUUAGUAUUCAGUACAUUUGCUGUGGUGGUUUGGUAUAUAUAAAAGAAGAAAUUUCAAGAAGUGGUCAUUUU